CACGAGACAGGCGCAUCGUGACGACGCCGAGCGCCGCGACGCCUGUCGCUACCCGGAGACCUCCGCCACCUCCGCCACCCGCGCACUGUGCUCCGGAACCGCGGAUCCCGAGGGACGUCGUUUCGCGGGGGAAGUGGUGCCACCCUCGGUCUUCACCUCGAGGAUCUCUCCGGGACGCUCGGCGGUCAUGUGGGGCAGAGCCAACAUGGCGGCGGUGGUCCUCCUGGUUUUAUGGACUUGCCUUUUUGCCUGUGGCAAAGCGGGAAAUACGGAGGUUGUCGUCGCCGAGGUGGACGCGGACUUCAUAUUGGAGAGAGCGACCACGUGGCUCUGGACUCAGCGGGAUAAAGACGCGGGCUGGGGAAAUGAUACUCAUUGGGCCCUCUUAGCUAUUCGGUUGGGAAAUUUGUCGCGAGAUGACAAUGUCCCACCACCCUUGAGUCUGGAUUUUCAGCUGAGCGCCAAACAAAUGGAACUGGAACUAGCCCUGCACAUGUCGAGACAUCAGUGGAUGAACCCAUUCUCGGAGGGUCUGGCUCCCUACGCACUUGCUUUAAGUGCUCUGUGCAUGGACCCGAGGCAAUUUCUUUCGUAUAACCUCAUAUUCUCCCUACAUCACCACGAACCGACGGCAGAUUAUGACUUUGCCCUGGCUACUUUGGCUGUUUGUAGCGCACAUUCUCAUGUUAGGAGGAGACUGAUUUACAGACUCGAAGACAUCUUAAACACCGCUACGGAUCAUGAUCCUGAUACAAUGAUGAUGGCGAUGUUGGCGUUGCGAUGCAUCGUCCAGGACCGUAGACAUUGGCGUCUGCGUGACUACUUCCGGAAGCCUACGAUCUUGCUGGCCCAUCUGCAAAGAGCCGAUGGCAGUUUUGGUGAUGUACAUACUACGGCUUUGGCCAUGCAGGCUUUGCAUUUUUCUCAGGAACCUGAGAACACCGACUCGAUAUAUUGGAACCAUUCGGCUGCCCUUGCGUGGCUCUCCAGCCAGCAGAAAAGUGACGGGUCCUUCGAAUCGAGUGUUCGCAUCACUGCUGAAGUUAUCCUUGGAAUUGCUCCUCGAAAUCUUGCGAGUAUCAGGACUCUGGAUUGCGACCAGGGAAUUACUGACAAUUCACCACCUCGUGUGACUACGAGCAACAGCGUGGGGUUGUCCUACAACCACAGCGAAGUUGUGACUCCAUUUACCGAUGUAGGUAACUCCAGUAAUUCAGGAUCCGAAAGUGCGACUCAAGGACCGUCUUUGGUGAACGUCUCUUACACCUUAUGGGUCGGCAGCAACGUUAACGAGACUUACAGUCUCACCGUGACGGCACCAAAAAAUGAGACCUUUUACGGAGUAAUGCUCGCGGCUGCUGAAAUGUCACCGCACUUCCAAUUUGCUGCCUCCGAAUGGCCUAGUGGUCAUUAUAUCCACACACUUGCCGGCUACAAAGAAGAGCUAAUGUCCUACCAUUACUGGCUGCUCUACAGAUUGCCUGUGCCACCAGAUCCAUCAUCGCCACCAGGAAGUCAGUUGGUUGCACCAGGAGGCGUCGACGAGUUGCAGAUCAGCGAUGGGGAGCAUUAUCUCUUUUGGUACAAGAAGAUGUGAGGUGGUUCGGUUGAGGUGAAGGAAAAGGAAUGAGAAAUAUUAGUGAUUUGUGGGAGGUUCCAAUAAAUCCAAACUCGAGUUUAGUUCGAGGAAAAAGGCGCGCUUGUCGUGGCGAGUGAUAUAUCAAGAUAAUACAUGAUUCGUUAUGUAAACUGUGAGACAUAACAUUUUGUAUGAAACUGCAAUGCACAACCAUAUUGUACUCAUUACCAUAUUAAUUAUAAUAUUUAAUAAACGCGAUACGUACUACGAUAA